AAACCCCCACUGAGUGAUACACAAGCAAAUUAACCUUUAUAGAGAUAAUCCCAUUCACCAAAUCCCAACUGCCCCAAAUCCAUCUCAGCUAAUUAUAAAUGCAUGAAAAGGGCCAACCAUGAGUUCCCCCAGCCAACACUGUCUUAUAUCCCACCCUUGUAACAUGGAACAAGUUGAGGCCAGUCUUCCUUAAAAAGCCUUCCAAACAUUAGAACCUCAUCUCUAGUCAUACCAUCAGAAACACACAACACCUAUAUGGUUAGACUUCUAUUGCUCCAUCUGUCCAAGUCUUGACAUAAUUCAGCAUAAUUCACAUCAUCAUGGAGGUAGAAUCGGCGAAGUGCGACUGCUGUGGAUUGAAGGAGGACUGUACCAAGGAGUACAUAAAUGGAGUGAAGGCUGACUUCAAUGGUAAAUGGCUAUGUGGGCUUUGUGCAGAAGCUGUGAGAGAUGAAGUCAGGAAGCGGAGGCAGGAGGGUGAUAGUGGAGUGGAGGAGGCAGUGAAUGCUCAUAUGUCCUUCUGCAGGAAGUUCAAGUCAAAUCCUGCAGUCCAGGUGGCUGAUGGGAUGAGGCAGAUGCUAAGAAGAAGGUCUGGAGAGAUGUCUGCAGGCUCAGCUGCAUCGGCAAAGAAGUUUGGGAGGUCGGAGGGCACUUCACAGGUUGGGAAUGAUUCAUCGGUCUCACUUUUCUGAUUGCAGAGGACUUUUCGGUGCAAUAAUCUUAUCCUCUUGAUGGCUAUUUCUUUCUCCCCUCCUCUCUUUUCAGUUCUUCUCUCUUCUACUGUCCAAGUUAUGUACAGUGACUUUAGUGUCAAUGAAGUUUUGGACCUAGAGGAACUGUUUAAAUCUGAUGUUAAAUAAGAAUUUCCUUUCA